UCGAUGCUAAAGAGAAAUCACAAGCAUCGAUACUUAGCAGAAAUUUCGGGCUGAAAUCAAAUCGUGUCGCGACUCGCGAGUCGAAAACGUGUGAAGACUGAAAAAAAAAGUGUAAAAAUGGAGCGCAAACUGCACAGUGGAAUACAUCAUCCUACACUGCGAUUGCUUCAGGAAUCGGGCUGUGAAAUACUGCCCCACAACUUGAUGUAUCCAGUGUUUAUAGUGAGCAACGACGACGAUGAACAACCGAUUGCAAGUAUGCCAGGGAUUUCUCGCUUCGGUGUGAAUCGAUUACGCGAGCAUUUGGAGCCGCUGGUGAAGAAGGGGCUUUCAUCGGUGCUGCUCUUUGGUGUGGUGGAAUGCGAACUCAAGGAUGAGGUAGCCACCAAUGCGGAUUCAGCUCUGAAUCCGGUUGUUCGGGCGUUGCCAAAGCUAAGGAAAUGGUUUCCCGAUCUUCUGAUUGCCUGUGACGUGUGCAUCUGUCCAUAUGCAUCGCAUGGACACUGCGGCCUCCUGGGUGAAAAUGGAUUGGAGAAUAGUGCCAGCAUCAAGCGCAUUGCGGACAUUGCAGUGGCCUAUGGCAAGGCCGGAGCACAUAUUGUAGCUCCCUCGGAUAUGAUGGACAAUCGGGUGAUGGCCAUCAAGCAGGCACUCAUCGAUGCCAACAUGAACAACGUUUCCCUGCUCGCCUACUCCGCGAAAUUCGCCUCCAAUUUCUAUGGUCCGUUCCGGGAGGCGGCACAGUCAGCUCCCGCCUUUGGCGAUCGUCGUUGUUACCAACUGCCGAGUGGAUCCCGCAACCUGGCCAUGAGAGCAGUCCAACGGGAUGUCAGUGAAGGCGCUGACAUGCUGAUGGUUAAGCCGGGCAUGCCCUACUUGGACAUACUGCGCCAGACCAAGGAUACCUAUCCAUAUCACACGCUCUAUGUCUAUCAGGUGUCCGGGGAAUACGCAAUGCUCUACCACGCCGCCAAGGCAGGAGCCUUCUCGCUCCCCGAUGCCGUCCUGGAGUCCAUGAAGGGCUUCAAACGUGCUGGCGCCGAUUGUAUUAUCACCUACUUUACGCCAUAUCUGCUGGACAUUGUGGCCAAGUCGGCGUAAGCGCUCUCUUUCCGGCGUAUAGUUCCUGUCGAAACCUAGAAAUAUCACAAUUAGUCUGUUUGUUGUUAACAAUUGUGUGUUGCAUUUAGAUAAUUAACUGAUUUUGUAAUCCAUUGCUUACUUCAUUGGCAUUGACAAAAAUAAUGCUAAUGAAAGUAGAAUUUCAUUAGAAUUCAAAAUAGUAAAUGCUAAUUAUAUGCAAUUUCAGUAGCAUUGAAUUUAUAUUAGUGCUAAUGAUAUGUAAUUACAGUAGCAUUUAAAAGACAUAUCAUUAGCAAUGAAUAUCGUAAUGUUAGUACUAUUUACAUUAAAUUACUCCUAUUGUCAAUUUAACUGAAAUUUCAUAUCAUUAACACUACUAUUUUCAAAUCUAGUGUAAUAACAUUUCAUUUAGCAGUAGAUUUUUCAAUGCUAGUGAAAUCUGAUUUCUUUAUCAUUCAUAUUUUUACUGAUAAUGAAAAUGUAAUGAUAAUGCUUCAAGGCACAACUCUGUCAUUUAGUAUAAAAUCAUUCAUUGUUUGUGUUGUUCACACACUGUUCAAUAUGCUUAUCAAUUCGACGGAUUUGAAAGUCAAAUUUGAACCCCCCGCUUGCGUCAUAAAACCGUCUCCAAUUUCACCAAUUCAAAUUCAAUUGCACACAAAUCGCAAAUCGCGCACAAUCAUCAUGACAAAGUCUAUAUGAACAAUUUCAACCAGUUGAGCAGAAAGAGCAUUCACACCUUUUUUGGUUUUGAGAUUGAAAACAAGUUAACAAAUUAGGAUUUAGCAAUUAAAUGUUAGCGCUUUAAUCAAUUUUACAAAUACGUGACAUGUGACAAAUGUGAAAUUGGCCCAAAACUUAUGUGUAGACGUAAAUCUUAUAUAAUUGUAGUAAGUGGUGGAAUAUUUUAAGUCUUGUAACAUGUUGUUUAAUUACAGAAAUAAAGUGCAAUUAAUAACAUACU